AUGGGGCGCACACUUAAGCGACGACGUCUACUUCCCGACAGCAAUUCCUGCCCUUCAGACGACCUCUUUUUUAGUCGAAGCCCGUCGCCAGAAGACACGCUACCCCAGUAUGACCUCGUUGAAGCCAUCCACAUGCUCGAUAACAAGCCCGGCCACACCCGGAAACGCAGCUACAGCCAGCGCCUACUCCUUCAGCUCGCUGAGGAAAAUCCAGCCAUCGCGACCAAAAUCCGACGAUCCCUACAUAAGCAUAAGGGCGUAGACAUCAGCUUCCAGCCACAUAUCACCGGCGUCAACGGCAUCAAUGGCAGCAUCCGCAGAGCUGCAAAUAACAUCUUUUACGAAAACGAAGACUGGGCCUGCAGUAGCUUAUACUGCGGCACAUUCGGGAUCAUUAAAGAGAUCGUCAAUGAGGCAGGCAUAUACACCUCCUCUUUCGCGACCAAAGAAUCUGCCCUACGGACGUUGAUCAAGCUCGCCCAAGCUUUGUUGAACAUCAAAGACGAGACACUACAGGAAUACGCGCCGAGUUAUCUCGCCUGCAACAAAAGCGGAUUCCGAAAAGCUGUCAGAAGGAUCUUCUUCACUAUGAACCGAGCAGAGCGGAGGGAGAUGUGUAGAAUCAUGUGGGGAAAACUUACGCUGCUCCAGAAAAUGGAUCAGCUGGGCGAGAGGCUGAACGCUGCUGGGUUCUUCACGGGUUUGGGUCGCGUUGUGGAGCAUGUGAGGAUAUCUCUGGACCCCGAUCUUUCGGAACUGAUGAAUGAUGAACAACUUCUUGCUGAUGAAGAGCGUGCGGAUAGGGAGGCGGAGGAUCCAGCAUGGCCUAGAGUAUCUUUGGAAGAACGGGCUGCGAGAGUGAGGGCUUCAUGGCGAGUGGAGUCUGAGUGA